AUGUCCUCUCCUGCACCACCCACACCGCCCAUCGCUCUUCUCCUCGUCACCACCUCCUCAACACUAGGCACGUCCAUCAUAUUCCGCUACCCGCCGUACCCGUCCUCGUCUGCCCGUCUUAUGCGCCCUCUUCCCUACCGUCAGGGUGCACGACAUGGCUUGGACGGGAUGUAUCAAGCUAGUCACUUACCGUCGGACGAAGAAGAGGAGGAAGCAGAGGAGGAGCAGUCGCUCCCCUCCCUCUCCCAAGCUGUGUACGAAGCUCAAACGGACUACGAUACUGUUUUAUCAUUCUCUCCGGCGACACUGACAGAGAUCCUCAAGCCAGCGAGAGAGCUGUGUUGCCAGAAGUUUGAGCUGGUGGUCGACGACCUUGCGUUCGUCGUACAUCUGGUCUGUGUCGCACGAGACGGCGUAUGGAGGAUGGACAACAUCGCUCCUCCCAGCUCACCGCGAAAACGUUCAAUCCUCGGCAGACAAUCCAGAUGGAUUAACGUGAAACUUUGA